AUGUUGACUUCAUUUAAAAAAGCCAUUAAUCUUUAUACUAGAUAUGGUUUGAAUAGAAUCUCUUAUAAUCAUUAUAGCAAUACAUCAUUUUCAUCAUCACAGACACAUAAUAAUAAUAUUAAAUUCAAUAGUAAGAAUGAUUUAUUUAAGACGAGUAAUAACAAUUCCUAUCAAUUGGUUGUUGGUGUAGAGAUACAUGCACAGAUAAAAUCAAAAGAAAAACUAUUCUCUGAUAUAUAUUAUAAAUACAAAUUACCAGAUAGUUUAAAUGUUGGAAGUUUAGAUGGUUGUAUAGCAAAUAGUAGAGUAUCAUAUGUAGAUGCUGCAUUCCCAGGUACACUGCCUGUACUCAAUGCGAAAUGCGUUGAACAAGCAAUCAAGACAGGUCUAUCGAUUGGUGCAUCCAUCAAUCAACACUCUUAUUUCGAUCGUAAACAUUAUUUCUAUCAAGAUUUACCUCAAGGUUAUCAAAUAACUCAAUAUCAUCAGCCAAUUGUAAAGAAUGGAAGUUUAUUGUUGAAUUUAAAAGAUGGUAGACAACAUAAUAUAAGAAUAUCACAUAUUCAGUUGGAACAAGACAGUGGAAAGUCAAUACAUGAUCAAUCAUCAAACUAUACUCUGGUCGAUUUGAAUCGUGCGGGCAUCGGUCUGAUGGAGAUUGUCAGUGAAGCUGAUUUUAGAUCGUCGGAGCAAGUCGGUCUUUAUGUAAAACAAUUACAACAGUUACUCAGACACAUUGGAACGAGCGAUGCUAAUAUGCAGUUGGGUGAGAUGCGUGCUGAUAUCAAUAUUAGUGUGCGACCCGAAGCUCAAGAGGAAUACGGUACUCGUGUAGAGCUCAAGAAUAUGAUUUCGAUUAAAGCUAUCACCGGUGCAAUUGAUGCCGAAGCGAUGCGACAGAUUGAGAUACUCGAGUCGGGUGGACGUGUCACUCGUGAGACCAGAGGAUACGAUCAAACCACUGGAACAACCUUCCACAUGAGAACCAAGGAGGACGAGGUAGACUAUCGAUUCUUCCCAGAGCCAGAUUUACCACCUCUCAGAAUCGAGCAAUCUACCAUCGACAAGCUGGCGACAGAACUACCAGAGCUACCAGAGCAAAUGUUGGAAAGACUUGUUACACAAUAUAGUAUUCCAAGACAUGAAGCUACUGUUUUGGUAGAGGACAGACGAAUUGUAAAGUACUUUGAAGAUGUUAUUGCAUUUGGCAAAGCAAAAAAUAUAAAUAGACAACCAAAGAAAGUGAUGCCUUGGAUUCUUAAAGAAGUUUUUGAGUGGCUUAAUUCAAGAAAUGAAACGAUCGAUCGUUGUCCACUGGCAGUGCAACAACUAGCAGAGUUGGUAGAUCUCGUCGAUCAAGGUUAUUUGUCAUCGAGAACUGGAAAAGAGAUUAUAGAGAAACUAUUGGAUGAAGAGCAAAACAAAGGUGGUUCAGUCAAAUCUUUGGUUGAUAGCAUGGGACUUUCACAGAUCUCUGAUGACUCUACACUAGAACAACUAUGUAAAUCAAUUGUCGAGUCUAACCCAAAGGAAGUUGCGGAUUACAAAUCUGGUAAACAAAGAGUAUUCAAAUUCUUUGUUGGUGAGAUCAUGAAACAAACCAAAGGUAGAUCAAACCCAGAAAAAGUAAAUCAAUAUUUAAAGAAUUAUUUAGAUAAAUAA